AUGACAGUCAUGACUCGUGGCUCUCCAGUAGGAGGGAAUGAAAACCAGGGGCAGGCUCCUGAUGGGCAGUCUCAGUCUUCUUUCCAAAAGAACCAGAUCUCAUCAUCUGACUCUUCCAAUGAGAAUUCUCCAGUGACUCUUCCAGAUGAACAAGGUCAAGGUGAUGCUCCACCACAGCAUGAAGAUGAAGAUCUUUCAUUUCCCCAUGCUGACCUGGCAAAGUUGGAAGAUUUGGUCAACAGACCUCAAUGGGUGGUUCCUGUUGUGCCAAAGGGAGAAUUAGAAGUACUUUUAGAAGCUUCUAUUGAUCUUAGUAAAAAAGGCCUUGAUGCUAAAAGUGAAGCUUGUCAGCGUUUUUUUCGAGAUGUUUUAACUGUAUCUUUUACCAAAAUACUUAUGGAUGAGGCACUGAGUGGAUGGAAAUUUGAAAUUCAUAGGUAUAUUAUUAACAAUACCCAUCGCCUAGUGGAGCUUUGUGUGACGAAGUUGUCUCAGGACUGCUGUCUGUUUCUAGAACUUCUAGCAAUGGCCUUAAAUCCUCAUUGCAAAUUUCAUAUCUGUAAUGGUGCACGUCCUUGUGAGUCAGUGUCCUCAAGUGUUCAGUUUCCUGAAGAUGAACUCUUUGCCUGUUCUCCAGACCUACGUUUACCAAAAGGUUGGUUAGUGGAUCUUAUUAACACAUUUGGCACAUUAGAUGGUUUCCAGAUUUUGCAUGAUCGUUUCAUUACUGGAUCAGCAUUAACAAUUCAAACAAUUUCAGCUCUAAUUAAGCCUUUUGGACAGUGCUAUGAGUUUCUCACUCAACACACUUUAAGAAAGUACUUCAUCCCAGUUAUUGAGGUAGUUCCACAAUUAUUACAAAAAAUAACUAAUGAAGAACUGAAACGAGAAGCAAAGAGUGAAGUGAAAAAUGAUGCCAUUUCAAUGAUUAUUAAAUCUCUAAAGAGUUUAGCCUCAAGAAUUCCAGGACAAGAAGAAACUAUUAGAAAUUUAGACAUUCUUAGGUUAAAAAUGAUACUCAGAUUGCUGCAGAUUUCUUCUUUUAAUGGAAAGAUGAAUGCACUGAAUGAAAUUAACAAGAUGCUGUCAAGUGUAUCAUAUUAUACACAUCAACAUGGUAAUUCUGAGGAAGAAUGGCUAACCGCUGAACAAAUGGCAGAGUGGAUACAACAAAAUAAUAUCUUAUCCAUACUGUUACAAGAUAGUCUUCAUCAGCUACAGUAUGUGGAAAAGCUAGAGAAGAUUCUGCGUUUUGUCAUUAAAGAAAAGGCUCUUACUUUACAGGAUCUUAAUAAUAUCUGGGCAGCACAGGCAGGAAAGCAUGAAGCCAUUGUGAAGAAUGUACAUGACCUACUAGCAAAAUUAGCUUGGGAUUUUUCUCCUGAACAACUUGAUCAUCUUUUUGAUUGUUUUAAGGCAAGUUGGACAAAUGCAAGUAAGAAACAACGUCAAAAGCUUCUUCAACUGAUUCGUCGCCUUGCAGAAGAUGACAAGGAUGGUGUAAUGGCACACAAAGUAUUGACUCUUCUGUGGAAUCUAGCCCACAGUGAUGAUGUACCUGUAGAUAUCAUGGAUCUCGCUCUCAGUGCCCACAUAAAAAUACUCGAUUAUAGUUGUUCCCAGGAUCGAGAUUUGCAAAAAAUCCAGUGGAUAGAUCACUUUAUAGAAGAACUUCGAACAAAUAACAAAUGGGUUAUCCCUGCACUGAAACAAAUAAAAGAGAUUUGUAGUUUGUUUAAUGAAGCACCUCCAAAUUUAAGUCGAACUCAUCAAAGUCCUCAUGUAUUUUAUCGUCGUGAUUUAAUCAGGCAACUUCAACAUAAUCAUACUUUAGUUACUUUGGUAACAGAAAAUCUUGCAACUUACAUGAACACCAUAAGAUUAUAUGCUAGAGAUUAUGAAGACUAUGACCCACAAACUGUAAGACUAGGAAGUAGAUACAGUCAUAUUCAAGAAGUCCAAGAACGACUUAAUUUCCUCAGAUUUUUACUGAAGGAUGGUCAACUUUGGCUCUAUGCUCUCCAAGCCAAACAAAUAUGGAACAGCUUAGCAGAGAAUGCAGUUUUCUUUAGUGAUCGAGAAGCCUGUUUUAUGUGGUUUUCCACGUUAAUGGGCGACGAUCCAGACCUAGAUCCUGAUAUUAUUCAGGAUUUUUUUGAAAGUAAUGUGCUUCAACUUGAUCCGACUCUAUUAACCGAAAGUGGAAUAACGUGUUUUGAAAGAUUUUUCAAGGCUGUCAAUUGUCAAGAAGGGAAAUUAAUGAUAAAAAGAAGAGUCUAUAUGAUGGAUGAUUUAGACCUAAUAGGAUUAGAUAACCUUUGGGAGGUUGUGAUAAAGAGUAAUGACAAUAUUUCGAACAGAGCAAUAGAUCUUCUAAAAGAAAUACACACAAAUCUUGGUCCCAGAUUACUGGCAAAUAAGGUAGCUAUCCAUGAAGAUUUUAUUCAGACAUGCUUUGAUCGCUUGAAAGCCUCAUAUGGCAUGUUGUGUGUUUUGGAUAGUGAAAAAGACACUAUUAGUUGUACAAGACAGGAAGCCAUUCAGAUGGUUCGUGUACUAACGGUUUUAAGAGAGUACAUAAGUGAAUGUGACAGUGAUUAUCAUGGGGAACGAAUUAUUCUUCCUUUGUCAAGGGCAUUUCGUGGGAAACACUUGUCUCUUAUAGUUCGCUUCCCAAAACAAGGGAGACAAGUUGAUGAUAUAGACAUAUUGUCUCAUACAAAUGAUACCAUCGGUUCUGUGCGACGCUGCAUUCUCAGUCGUAUUAAUGCCAAUGUAGCCCAUACAAAAAUUGAGCUGUUUGUAGGUGGUGAGUUGAUAGAGCCGGAAGAUGACAGAAAACUAGUUGAACAAUUAAAUUUGAAAGAUAAAUCAGUAAUUACUGCCAAGCUUAUACAAAUAAAUUCCAACAUGCCUUCAAGUCCUGAUAGCUCAUCUGAUUCUUCUACUGGAUCUCCUGGAAUCUACUGUCGUAACUACAGUGAUGUUCUCAUUCUAGAGAUGGAAAGUUGUUUACCUAGUGUGAUAAUGUCACUGCAGCCCAGAUAUAUAUCUUUCCUUUGGCAAGUUGCAGACUUAGGUAGUGCGUUGAAUAAGCCAGCUCUUAGAGAUGGAGCCAGAAUACUCAUGAAACUUAUGCCACCAGAUAGCACAACUAUAGAAAAAUUGAGAGCUGUGUGUUCAAAACAUUCGAAUCUUAGAGAAAACCAAUUUGGUCAGUCUCUUGACUCGCUUUUCUUUGGUUCUUCUGCCUCCCAAGUUCUAUACUUAACAGAGGUAAUUUAUACCUUGUUAAUGCCUGCUGGUGCCGCUCUUGCUGAGAUUUCCUUGGAUUUUCAGUUUCACUUCUUGAAAAGUGGUGGCUUACACCUUGUACUGAGAAUGCUGAUAGAAAAUAACUUCUUGCCAAAUACAGAUGUUGAAACUCGUAGAGAUGCUUACUUCAGUGCCCUUAAAAUAGCCAAACUAUUAUUAACUACAGUUGGCUAUGGCCAUGUCCAGGCUAUAGCAGAAUCUUGCCAGCCUGUUGCAGAUGGUACAGAUCCUAAAACACCGAUUAACCAGGUUAUUCAUGAUCAAGCUGUGGUGCUACAAAAUGCCCUUCAGAGCAUUCCUAAUCCUUCUUCUGGAUGCAUGCUUAGAAAUGUAUCAAUCCGUCUUGCUCAACAAAUACCUGAUGUGGCCUCGAGAUAUAUACCUGACAUACAUGCUAUUAGAGCUAUACAAAAAAUUGUCUGGGCAUCAGGAUGUGGAUCAUUAGAGCUAAUAUUUAGUCUAAAUGAAGAUAUCACAAAAACUUAUGAGAUGACCACCAGUACAAUUAGUAGCCCAGAAGUGGAGGAUGAACAGCUUUGCUGUGAAGCUUUGGAAGUGAUGACAUUAUGUUUUGCUUUAAUUCCAACGGCUUUGGAUUCACUUACUAAAGAAAGGUUCUGGCAAUCAUUUGUCAUUGACUUACUAUUGUACUGCCCUAGCAAACCUAUACGGCAGUUGGCACAGGAGCAGUUCUUCUUAAUGUGUACCAGAUGUUGCAUGGGACAUAAACCUCUGAUGUUCUUCAUUACUCUACUCUUUACCAUUCUGGGGAGUGUCACAACAGAAAGGGGGAAAUAUUCAGAAGAAUACUUCACACUUUUGAGGCGUCUUCUCACUCAUGCUUACAACUGCAGUGUUCUUGUACCCAAUGCUGAUGUUCUUCUUAGUGAUGAAAUUGACUGGCUCAAAAGGGUUAGGGAUUGUGUUAAAGACUCAGGUGAAGCAGGUGUUGAAGAUCCGAUCUUGGAAGGCCAUCUUGGAGUAACAAAAGAGUUACUAGCCUUUCAAACUCCAGAGAAAAAAUACCAUAUUGGUUGUGAAAAAGGAGGUACUAAUCUUGUUAAAGAACUAAUUGAUGAUUUCAUCUUUCCUGCAUCUAAAGCUUACCUCCAAUAUAUGAGUAGUGGAGAACUGCCAGCCAAGCAAGCUGUUCCAGUCUGUGGUUCACCAACUACAGUUAAUGCUGGGUUUGAACUACUCGUAGCCUUGGCUUUUGGCUGUGUAAGGAAUCUUAAUCAGAUAGUAAACUGUUUGACUGAAAUGUAUUAUUUAAGCACAACAAGAACAACUUGUGAAGCACUUACUGAGUGGGAAUAUCUACCACCUGUUGGACCGCGCCCACCAAAAGGAUUUGUGGGACUCAAAAAUGCUGGUGCUACUUGUUAUAUGAACUCAGUGAUCCAGCAACUAUACAUGAUUCCUCUUAUCAGGAAUAGUAUUCUUUCAAUUGAAAACAUAGGGAGUAAUAUAAAUGAUGAUACAUUCAAGGAUGAAAAGCAGGACAGUAAG